AUGUCACAAUCAAGUUCUAGUAGCUCUUCCGACGCUGAUGGAGAUUUUGCAUCUUGUGAACAGCCUGAUAUUAAGAUUGAAGAUGACGAGGCAGAGUAUUCGCUUCAGCCAUAUUUAUUCGAACCAACGAGAAAUCUGCCAAGCUCGGAGGAAAACAGCGAUGAGAACGAGAGCGAUGACCAGGAAGAAUCUGAUUCUUCAAAUGGCGAGAAUCGCCUAAAUGAUUUAGAAUGGUGUAAAUGUGGUCAUUGUCAAAUCAUGGAUAGAGCUGAGGAAAGUGUUUGCUGUCAGGAAAUUCCUGAAAUGUUAAGUCUCAAAGAAGAAGCUGUAACUUUUGAGAAAUUAAAACAGCCCCUGACAUGUAUAACAGACAAUCCAGCAUUUGCUGCUGUCUGUUUGAAUCACUGGGUACUCAGGACAGCAUGGUAUCAGUACAAGCAGCAGUAUGAAAAUCCAUUUGAAGGCCCUGAGCAUCAAAGAUAUAGACAUGUUGCUUAUUGGCAACUGGCACGACUAGGUUGGGGGGUUCUUGGUAGGCAUGUGAGAGUAGUGCUGCCAUCUUGUGGUGUAAGUUGCAUUCGAGCCCAUUUCCCGCCACCUGGACCAGAGGAUGAACAUUCCUUUGUUGGUUUUAGACCACCAUCAUAUGAAGAGGACUGA